AGAUGGAUUUAUUUUUUGUCCUCAUUCAGGUCUUUUUUUGCAUGUUUGGAGUGUCUCAUACUUUUUGCUGUCUCACAUUUAUUCAAGUAUUUUUCUACUCUGCCAGAACUAAUUUAGAUAAAGCUUUCUAAAAAAUCACAUAUAAAAAAGGGCAUACUUUCUGUUAGAGCAUGUGUUUGUUGUUGAUUCUAGAUUUAGAAUAGUGUUAAGGCCUGAAAUGAGUCUCUCAAUAGCAAGUUAUGUUUGUGAGAGUUAAGAGAUGGAAACCUUCUUCUUCUGUGUUUACUGUUUCCUGGCUGCAUGUUCUUGAAGAUGUCUUUAUCGCUGGCUGAACUUUUUAAAUCUAAAAUGGGUUACGUUGAAAGUAUUAAGUCAAAUCUGUGGAGACACAACAAUUGUAGUGCCUAGUUGUAUGCACUGUACUUCCUUUCUGGUACAAAGAGGCAAUAGAGCAGUGGGUUGUAAUGCCAACAGGUAUCAUUGGGAGUGCUGUUGGGUUAAAAAGAGGAGACUUACAUUAAUUUGGAGAUUUCAGAGUUCACAGAAGAAAUACACAGAACAGAACAGAAUCUGGCAGUGCUUCAGUGGGUGCUUCCUAUCCUUACUGCUUAGAGAGAGUUCGCGUGGAGCCGAAGAAAAGUCCCACGGCAGCAGUGAGGGUUGCGAUGAGCCACUCUCUCUGGGGGGGAAGAGAGGGAUGAACGUUUGCAGUAGGCCUCUGCAGCUGUCCCUGUUACACGUGCUUUGAAAAUGGUCUUUCCUAAGUGUAACACUGAGGAAAUAUCUCAGACACACACUGCGCUGUGUGUCCGUCUGAGCUCAAAUUGCCUUAUGCUGAUCAGAUGCUAUGUCAGAGAGGAGAGAAGAAAACAGAAUUUCUGGCAGAGCGGAAAGAACAAGAUUCUGGUUUCAAGCAUCUCAGUCCAGAUGCUGUCAGAUACUGAGAGCUGACCCUGAACCCGCCGGAAGGGAUCGUAGCAGGUCCCAUGAAUGAAGAGAACUUCUUUGAGUGGGAAGCUCUGAUUAUGGGUCCUGAAGACACCUGUUUCGAGUAUGGGGUUUUCCCUGCUAUUCUGAGCUUUCCACUCGACUACCCGUUAAGUCCUCCGAAGAUGAGGUUCACGUGCGAGAUGUUCCAUCCGAACAUUUACCCAGAUGGGAGAGUUUGCAUCUCUAUUCUUCAUGCUCCUGGGGAUGAUCCCAUGGGAUAUGAGAGCAGCGCUGAGCGGUGGAGUCCUGUGCAGAGUGUGGAAAAGAUCCUCUUGUCGGUUGUUAGCAUGCUGGCAGAGCCAAAUGAUGAAAGUGGAGCCAAUGUAGACGCCUCGAAGAUGUGGCGAGAAGACAGAGAACAAUUUAACAAAAUUGCCAAGCAGAUUGUGCAGAAGUCACUUGGACUUUAAGCUCACA